GACAGUACGUCUCUGUAGAUCCCGUAAAGCUAUCGUAGAAAACCCUCCGGAAAACGGUAGUCUAUGAGUGAUUCUUCUUCGUCGCCGUGUAGAAGAAGAAUGGGUUUCAAGCACGCCAUGCUGCAGCGCAGUUACGAUCUCUCACCCUCGCCGGCCCGCACUUCACCCAUCCACCAUGGAGUCCAGAAUUUGGGCGCCAAUCCUCAAAAUCAACCGGUUCAGGUGACCGACUUUAGUAUAAGUAAAAUCCUGGGCAAGGAUCGCAAACCCAGUCAGGAUACGAGCACUAAUAUACUGGAUCUCUCAAAGAGUAGCAGUAUUAAUACUACUGUUAGGAGUCCACAACCUGUGGGAUCUUCACCCUAUGGAGGCUACUCCAUGUUGCCACCGGAUCUGGUGGCCAUGGCCAAUGCCACCAAGUUUUAUGCCCAGUUCUUCCCGCACUUAUUGCCCGCCUAUGCGGCAGCUGCAGCGGCGGCUUCGGGAAUCAGUACACCACCCACAUCGCCCUACCAUCCGAAUCACCCGAAUCAUCAGAAUCAUCCGAAUCCGCAGCAGAAACGCUUCUUUGCACCCUAUGUGAUUAAUGGACAACAGAAUAACGCUCCACUUUUGCGUCCCAAAAGCACCGCCUGCACUCGACCCGAUUGCCUGGAGUGCCUGGAUUACUACCAAAGAUUGCAGGCCGGUGGCUACAAGCAGGCCACGCCCCUCAUCUCACCCGCCGCCUCCUCCGUCAGCAGUUCCAGCGGUUCGGUGCGUCCAGUAAGGGAUCUACUCAUGAGUUCCGCCGCUGGGGGAGCAACAAACAUCUCACUGACCACCGUGACCAAUCUGAGUCUCAGUUCGGUUCAUCAGCAGACGCAAGCCGUCGGAAUGAUGCCCAAAAUGGCAAAUGGAGGAGCACUGGUCAACACAGCCGUCGGUAGUAACAGUGGUGGAGCAAUUGGAGGUAUUGGAGUCUACAAUCCAACUGCCGCCGAGGAAAUCAGCUACAAGUGCAGGAUUUGCGAGAAGGUCUUCGGGUGCUCCGAAACUCUGCAGGCGCACGAAAAGACGCAUAAAUCGCCGCGUUACGAGUGCGCGGAUUGCGGCAAGGGCUUCUCGCAGCUGCGAAACUACAAGUAUCACCUGUCCGUCCAUCGGGGAACCAAGGAGUUUGCGGCCGAGUGUCCCGAGUGCGGAAAGACCUUCAACGAUAAGGGAUAUCUGAGUAGCCACCUGAAGAUCCAUCGGAAUCGCAAGGAAUACGAGUGUCCCUAUUGCCCGAAGUCCUUCAACCAGCGAGUGGCAUUCAAUAUGCACGUAAGGAUUCACACGGGAGUAAAACCGCACAAAUGCAACGAGUGCGGAAAGCGGUUUUCCCGGAAAAUGCUGCUAAAACAGCACAUGAGAACACACAGCGGGGAGAAACCGUAUCAGUGUUCGGUGUGUGGAAAGUCCUUUGCCGAUCGCAGCAAUAUGACGUUGCAUCAUCGAUUGCAUUCGGGAAUCAAGCCUUUUAGCUGUCCCCUUUGCCCCAAGGCCUUCACCAAGAAGCAUCAUUUGAAGACCCAUCUGAAUUAUCACACGGGCUGCAAACCCUACGUAUGUCCGCAUCCCAAUUGCAAUCAGGCCUUCACCCAGUCGAGCAAUAUGCGAACCCAUGCCAAAAAGUGCCAGUAUCGUCCGCUAGAUGGUGCCACCACUGCAGUACUUCCGCCGCCUGGAAAGGCUCCUCAGCAGGUUCAUCCAUCAUCCACUUUAUCCCUAGCCAUGGCUCCCACUUUUGCUAUGCCUCCACCACCUGGACCUUUGAGUCUGCCACCUGGAGCGGCUCAACCACCCACUCAGCAAACCCUGCUCAGCAAUCUCAGGACAUUCUGA